CACGAACUGAAGAGGUGGUGUCUGUCCCAGUUGAAGGACAUGGAUGUCCACGUCCCAGCCAAAGCCCAGUAUUACAAACUCCUCCCCUCACAGUCUGUGGAGCAGUCGGUAGCAGACGCUGACCUGGAGUCGCUCCCCCUGCUGUCGGUGGUGUCUGGAGACAGCAGCACUUCACUGGCUACCUACGUCAACAUCCUGCCGUCUAAAUCUACCUACAGUCUGGGAUGCCCAGAGACGGAGCAGAUGGGGAGCAGGACAUACUUUGAAAUGAAAGUGGACAGGCCCCCAGAUGACUAUGAGAACACAGGCGUGUUUGCUGCCAACCACACCUCAGGCCCCCUGCUGGGCUCUGUCGACCCCCUCUGGCAUCCUGCGGGAGUGCAGGACAGUCCCACAGCAGCAGCGAUGCCUCUGUGUGGGGAGGGCCUCUCCACCAGCCCCAGCAGCAGCAGCCAGUCCACCAUCAGCGCCCAGGGACCCAGACUGAUCCAACAUCAGGAACAAGACAGGAGACACUUUGGAGAGCUGAUGAGUGCGCGCAGGCGUGUAGGGAUACAUAGUGAGGGCGCCAGAACGCUGGAGUUCUUCAUCAACCGCCCCGCUGAGCCCACGUUCAGCCAGGAGAGGAACAAUCAGCACGCUGUGGAGGUGACUCAGCGUUUCUUCGAGACGGUGUCGACUCAGUUGGAACGUUGGUACGAGAGGAAGAUGGCCGAGUUGGAGCAGCAGACGGCGCUCAGAGCCCAGCAGGACAGGAACGAGCUACUGCAGCAAAUAGGCACGCUGGAGGAGGAGCUUCAGAGGCUGAGGACCAAUGAGAAUGCAGAAAGCUGA